AUGGCACCGCCUGGUGUCGUCUUGGCAUUUCUAUGUCAUUUCAUACUUAUUCGGCUUGCGCGUGCAGCACGGCCAAGUGUAGCUCAAUCUGUCUUUCUUGCAGAGGAUCCACAAGACGACCUUGAAGAGCGAUUCCGCAGGUUGAUUGGCAAGAAUGUUCCUCAUCAGGACUCUGACAGAGAAAGAUCAGUGGAAAAAUCAUAUUUGUGCAAACGGAACUCUCCUGAUCUCAUGCUUCCGCUCAGCAUGUGGCUUGCUUCAGCCCUGAAGGAUCAGCCUCCAUCCUUCCAAGCGCAGAAACGGCAGGAGGACAAAGAGGCUCCGUCUGCAAAGACUUUUGGCUCCUCAAAGGGGGACAUCCAGCAACAGCAGGACAUUGCACAUCAACUUGAUGAAAGCUGUGGUGGGGGCACUCUCCACUUGAAUCGGGGGCUUUACCAUGUUCCAAAGGCAGGCGUUGAACUCGGAGAGAGCUGCGCCCUGAUUGCUGCGGCUGGGACAAGGAUCCAGCUGGAUGGUCCCAUCAUGGCCCACAACCUCACCCUGCAUGGCGAUUUGCUGUUCUUUGCCACCAGAUCUUUCGGCAAGGCGUGUCUCCACUUGACGCAUACGCUGUCAGUGCUUGGCACGGUGGUGAUUGAGAACUGUGACAAUCUCGAGGAGAGUGGAGGUGGCGGAGCAGCACGUGGGUUGCGCAUUGCUCCAACUGCGAACCUCACCAUCCGGAAUUGCUCAGCCAAAAGCACCGGUGGAGGUUUUGAUUGCGGUGACAAAGGCUUACGCUUGGAUGGAAUUCUGGAGUUUCACCAGUGCACUGCGCAGCUUCAGGGCGGUGGCCUCAUGCUAAGGUCUGGCGCCAUAACCCUGACCCACCAUGGCAAGCUCGAGUUCCACAGCUGUUCCGUGGGGCGCAAGGUUUUGACGGAAACACAAUGGUGGAAAAACACUUGGGAACUUACAGGGACUGGGGGUGCUAUGGCCAUCGAAGACGGGCACGCCUCCUUUGAGGGGAAAGUGCUAGUGGAAGGCUGUGAGGCAAAGACAGGAGGUGGUCUCUUCUUGAAUCGUGGCCACUUGGUCCAGAGCAGGGGUGAUUGGAGAAUGAAGAAUUGCAAAGCUCAUGAUUCUGGCGGGUGCCUAAUGCUCCAGCAGAGCAGUCUGACGCAGACAGCCGGAAAAAUAUCCUUGACCUGGUGCAAGGCCAGAUCUGGGGGUGGCCUUGCAGCUCUCUCUGGACAGCUUGACCAGAAGGGCGAAGGACGCUUAUUCCUCAACCAUUGCUAUGCCUCAGGAGGUAGAGGAGGUGGGGUGGCCUGGCACGGGGAGUUCACGAUCCGAGGCCACGUGAUCGUGAAGAAGUGCGCAGCCCAGAAGGGGGGGGGCCUUUAUAUGGCAGGUCACUUGAAGCAGUUUGAGGGGCUCUUCAAGUUUGAGGAGUGUGUCUCAGAGCGAGUUGGUGGUGGGCUGAUCCUGAAUGGCACCUUGACUCAGCUUGGUGGCACCUUCACCUUCAAGAAAUGCAAGUCCGUACGCAAGAAGGAAUUGCCCUCGGGCGGAGGAGGUGUAUGGAUAGAAUCUGGAGAAAUGAGUCAGCAAGGUGGAACCAUGACUUUUUCCCUCUGUUCCACCCCGGGGCAUGGAGGUGGGCUUGGAGUGCAAGCUGGAAGCAUCAAACAAGAGGGUGGCCUUUUGCAGCUUCACACUUGCCAGGCGAGCAAACUGGGGGGUGGCAUUUACGCAAAGGGUAACAUUAUCCAGACCAAUGGCACGCUGAAGGUGACGAGCUGUGUGUCGAGUUGGGGUGGAGGUGGGGUUUGGGUGGCAGGCGAACUCACGCAACAUGGUGGGAGCAUCCUUUUGAUGAAGUGCAAUUCCUCUGGCUAUGGGGGCGGCUUGGCAGUGAGAAGUGGACGCAUCCAACAACUUGGCGGUCUUCUAGAGGUGAGUGCUUGCAACUCGAGAGACGCCAGUGGGGGGGGAAUCUACUUGGAGGGCAACUUGACCCAGAUCGAUGGCACUUUGAAGACCAACGCUUGCCAUGCUUCGGGUGGAGGUGGUGUAUGGGUACAAUCUGGUGAUGUGAAUCAACAUGGUGGAGCCAUGUUCUUUGCCGAAUGCAAAGCAGCAGGCUACGGGGGUGGUCUUGGGGUUUUGGGAAGUCUUCGAAGGACCGGUGGCAUGAUGGACUUGGAGGACUGUGCCGCCAAGCGAUCUGGCGGCGGGAUCUAUGUCAACGGCAACGUCUCGCAGUCCAGCGGCACUUUGCAGCUUCGAAAAUGUUUGGUCAGUGGGGAGGUCUCGGGCAACUGGACCAUGUCGGGCGGAGGUGGCGUUUGGGUCGAGUCUGGUGCCGUGACUCAACAUGGUGGAAGCAUCUCCUUCACGGAUUGUGAUGCGGUAGAUCAUGGAGGUGGCCUCGCGGUGAUUGGCGACAUAGAGCAGCACGGGGGUUUUCUAGAGUUUUAUGGUUGUUUGGCCAGUCGCGGUGGCGGAGGCAUCUAUGUCAAUGGCAACCUAGCGCAGAUGGAGGGGACAUUGGAGCUUCACCGAUGCCAAUCGCGUCAAUUCCUGACCAAAGAAGGUGGAGAUACCCGCUGGGGCGGAGGGGGUGUAUGGAUCCAAUCUGGUGAAAUAAAUCAGAAUGGUGGAAGCAUGCUAUUCAACAAUUGCACUGCUGCUGGUCACGGAGGUGGGCUGGGAGUGGCUGGAGGAAGCAUCAACCAGAAGGGUGGGGUCUUGCAGCUGGAUCUCUGCGAAACUUUCUCAGCUGGUGGAGGUAUCUAUGUCUCCGGCAACUUGUCCCAGUCCAAUGGCACAUUGAAGCUGAGCUCCUGCAAGUCUGUCCAGCAUGGUGCCGAUGAGGAGACCUGGGGCGGAGGUGGCCUCUUCCUUCAUGACGGGACAAUCACUCAGAAGGGUGGAAGCAUGUCGUUCUUUGCCUGCACCACGGUGGGUUAUGGGGGUGGUCUUGCAAUGAUUGGAGGCCUUGAACAGAAUGGUGGGCUGCUGGACUUUGAGGAUUGUGAGGCAAAGGACUCGGGUGGAGGCAUUUUCAUCCAUGGAAAUUUGUCUCAGAGGGAAGGUACUUUGAAGCUGAACAGGUGCAAAUCCGUUGAAGGGCUUGGCAGUGAUGAAGUCACUUCAGGCGGAGGAGGAGUGUGGGUUCAAUCUGGAGAAGUGAAUCAGCAAGGUGGAGCCAUGUCCUUUGCUCAUUGCAAAACUUCGGGCAAUGGUGGCGGGCUUGGGGCCAUUGGAGGCAUCAGACAAGAGGGCGGGCUGUUUGACUUCGAGGAUUGCCGGGCACACCACAGCGGUGGUGGAAUAUACCUGGAGGGCAAUCUGUCGCAGAUGGGCGGCAGUUUCACGCUCAACAGAUGCCUGUCCGUGCAGAACCGCUUUGGCGAGCAUGGUUGGGGCGGAGGCGGUGUGUGGGUCCACCACGGUGAAGUGACUCAGCAUGCUGGAACCAUGCAUCUCAUCAACUGCACGGCAUCUGGAAGUGGUGGUGGGCUUGGAGUAGCCGGCCAAGUCAUCCAGCACGGUGGCCAGUUGAAACUUGAUCGUUGCAUUGCCGGGGAAGCUGGUGGUGGCCUCUACAUCUCAGGUUGGCUGAACCGAGUCCAUUUUUCGCCAAUGCCCCCAACAGGUGCAGGGUGGCCAACCAUCAUGACCACAUCACCUGAGCAAUUGGUACACAGCUAG